AUGCGGUCUUAUAUCCUCCCAACCCUGCUCCUCGCAGGAAUAACCCACACCCAACCAACAAAACGCGCCCUCCCCCCCGCCUUCAUCCUAGCCGGAGACUCGACCACCGCCUCAGGCGGCGGCUGGGGCGACGCCUUCGUAUCCUCUCUAUCCUCCUCCUCAACAGGAACAAACUUCGGCCACAGCGGCGCAACAACAGCCUCCUUCCGCUCAGGCGGGGACUGGGACUCCGUCCUCUCGGCCGUCUCCGAGAGUGCAGGCUCAUACACGCCCUACGUGACCAUCCAGUUCGGGCACAACGACCAGAAAACAGACGAGGGGUUAGCUGUGUUUAAGGACAACCUUGUGCAGUUUGACGCGGAUGUGAGGGAUGCCGGUGGGAUUCCGAUUUUCCUCACCUCGCUGACGAGGCGCACAUUUGGGAGUGAUGGGACGGUUACGGAUGAUUUGGCGAAUGUGCGGGAGUUGACGGAGGAGGCGGCGGAGGAGACGGGGGCAUUGAUUGGGGAUUUGAAUACCAAGUCGAGGGAGUAUGUCCAGGCCAUUGGGCAGGAGAAUGCGGAUUCGUAUAACUUGAGUGAGGAUGAUAGGACGCAUUUGAAUGAGGCUGGGGGUGUGGUGUUUGCGGGGAUUGUGGGGAUUGUGCUGAAGGAGUUGGAGGCGAGUUUUGAUGAGUUUAUUAACGUCGAUGCGGAGUUGGUUGCGGCUGUUGAGGCCGGGGAGUAUUAUUCUCCUCAGUGA